UGUGUGAGAGUAAAGAUGUGGUUACUUGAACAAUUGCCCAAGAUUCCAUUCCUUGAGAGUUUGAUAUUGAAACAUUGUUCUUUGUGUGAGAGGAUUAAUAUUUCAGGUUCUCAACUCAAGUUCUCGGAGUUAACAAAUUGCUCUAACUUGAAAGAGAUCAAUAUUGAUGCUCCAAAUUUAUUAUCAUGUGAGUAUAGUGGAAAAGAUGAACCUGUUAUAUCUUUUCGUGGAAUUUCUAAUCAACUAGAAGUCAAUGCUCAUAUCCACUUGAAUCAUCAGGAUGCUGAUAGAUUGAGGCAAUUUAUCCAAAAUAUUGUACCCCAAGAGGUUUUGACGUCUCUGUUUGUUUUUAUCAUCCAACCAUAUCCAAUUAUAGAAAGCGUAGAUAUAUUGCAAGGUUCAUCAUCUCUACCAAGUAUUAAACACAUGCAAUUAUGUGUUGUCUCGGAUAGGCAAACUUGCUAUUUUCCUGUUAUGAAUUGGUUGCUUUCAAGUUGCUUCCCGGAAACUAUUUCAUUCAGCUUGCAUUAUAAUUUUAAUAUGAGGGCAUUCAUGGUGUAUUUCUAUGAGAUGCUAAUGGGAAGUAAGAAGGGUGAGUGCUAUUACUUUUCAAGGGGUCCUGAGUGUUGGUGGCAUGGCUUGAAAGUUGUCAAGAUCACACAUCUAGAAAGGACUUAUGAAAUUGUUAAAGAUCUCAAGGCCAUGUUAAAUACAUUGCCCUUAUCUCGUAAUUACGAUGAAGAAUUUAUUACUUUUACCUUAAAGUUGUAAUCUUGCUAUUAUUAGCUGAUAGACAUUCCUCAUUUGAAUUAAAACUUAGGUGUUGCUACUUUCUAAGAUGUGCCUAUGCUUUUAUUUUAGUGCCUAUGUAUAUACGAAGCUGAAUCUCUUUGCUCAAGUUAAUUGAUGUGAUCUAUUAGUGG